AAUGAUUUGAUUUUUUAUACGCGCCAUAUACAAAUUGCUUCGUUUGUACAGACAGUUAAAUUAUCGGUUAUGUAUACAUUUUGUACUACAAACCAAUUUAAGACAUCGUCUACUGCUCAAGCUAUUAUAAUUUCGUGAUUUUGACAACAAUUUAGUAAAGAGAGGGAGAUUCAUGCUUAUUGCCAAAACGCGAUGGAAGCAGCGAGUUGAUUUCAAUGGAGAUUUGAUUUGACUGACAAUUGUGCUCAUCCUUGCUGCCUGUUGACAUUGUCUUCAUAAAAUGGCUAGCAAAGAAGGCAUCUUUGGUAAUGACUUCAAUUUUGACGAAGCUUCACAGACAAACAUAAGUGAGAUUUCAUUCCCCUCUCAUGUGAGUGGACUAGAAUCAUUCGCAGAAUUUGACAGGACCUUCUCUGAAUUUCAAGAUGAGCAUUUGCAGACAACCCAUAAAGAAUCUGAAAAUGGUAAUGACAGUGAAAACAUGAGUUACUUCAGACUCAGCCUACCCAAUGUAGCUGAAGCAAACUCACAAAAUUCAGAUAGCUCAGAUAUCCUACAAUUGUCAGGGGAAGGUCUCCUGCAUACACCAAGCACUGGGCGUCAACAAAUUGUCAUGAAGUUUUUGACUGAAGAUAGAAUUCAAAGGCAUUUGCCAAACCCCAGCAAUGAAGAUAAAACUGAAGGAAAUCUCAUGGAAUUUUCUUCCAAGGUGGACAAAGAGUUUCAAGGUGAACAAAAACGAAGCGGGAUGGAUAGAGAACCUGUAGCUCAUGAUGAAAAACAAGCAGUCGCUUCAAAGGUAGAAAAAAAGAACUUGGAACGAUCUGAUUUUGACAAAGGUAUUGAGAUUCAUCAGAGGCCUUGUCUUGAUGGAAGUAGUAGUGACAGUGAUGAUGGAACAACCUUGAAUUUUGCACGAAGCAGAAUCGGAACCAUCAAUCAGAGACAGCUGGGCGCUUUCCUGGAUGAGAGAGAGCAAGGAAAUGAACUAACUAUCCUAGAAGAGCGACAGUUAGCAGAAGGGGACGAUGUAUUCUCAAGGGAAGUGCCUGGUGACGGGGGUGGUGGUGGUGAUGGAAGUAGUGGCCAUAGUGACAGUGAUGUCGAUGGAGACGGGGGAGUUGCAAUACGAGUGCGAUCUCGUGAAGCGCGAUCCAGGUCACGUGUUCGAGCAACAGCUACUGUUCAGCCAAUCACACAAUCGAGCGAAAACUUGCCCGAGCGAGAGAGACCUGUCGGAGACUCGGUUCCAGCAUCUAGCCAGCAAUGGCGAAACCCUGCAGAUAUACGAGACAGCAUCGAAGAUAACCAGUUUCUUAGCAAUUUGACGCCUCGCAGCGAUGUUUUGCCAGCAACAAUCGAUGCCGACUCAAGUGAAGAGUCAAGAUUAUCUGCAAGAUUUUUUAUUGCUUCAAGCACUCCUGGUGUUAUGCUAAGACAAAACUCAACGCCACAGAAUAAUUGGAUGGAUGAAAAUACAACAAUGUUCAGAUUUUCAGAGGUGUCUGCCCCAGCCACCCCAGGCAUCGGAAGUGACACUCAAGACGCGACAAGUUUGCUUUCAGAUGAUCCAGUAUUUGAUUCACCAAGAAAUAAAAGAGAUGUUGUGGGAGAUGAUAGUGAAGGCGACAAGACUAUCACAGGAGCCUUUCCGUUCUCCAUGGAGAGCCUUGAAACUCCAACAGUCGACAGAGAAAGCUUUCCAGCAGAUACCCCUACGGGAACAGCAGCAACAGUAGCAGCGAAUAACUGGGAGCCCUCCAUGGAAGAAAGCCUCUCGUCUAAGAAUCCUUUUCGGAAAUCUAUGGACACGUCAAUGAAUCCGUUUUCCAGCUUCGCAUAUAACAAGAACCCCUUUGAUACAAUGGAUAUGAGUGAAAAUAAUAGACUGGCUAUGUCUUUCUCGGGUUUUGGUGUACAAAAUGAAUCUGAGGUUGGGGAUUCUGGCUUCAAAAUCAACAGCCAAGAUGCCGAAGCAUUAUUUGAUGACGACGAAAGAAGUUUUCUACAUUCUAAUACAAUAAGCAAGCUUGCGAAUAUGUCUCACGAAUCAGAAUGGGAACUGGAUACUGUGAAUGAAAAGGGCGAAGUUAGACUCAGCAAGUACUUCAAUGCAAUGUCAGAGGAUAUGGGAAACUUCAGUCUGGACAGACCAGACAGGCCUAGGCCAAACUUUGACGACUACAAAGUGGUUAAAACACCGCCGGCACUUGAAAAGCCUGCUGUACUCUACCGACCGUUGCCAAACGACUCUAUUACAAGCAUUGCCAGUGUCUCCAAAGCACAGGCUAAUGCUAGGCUCGAUUUCUCUACUGACAAGAACGGGUCUGCUUCUAGUCUUGCAUCAACCUAUGUUUUAUCGAAGCCUGCUAAAGAGCCUUCAAACCUAAGCAAAAUAUCGUUUGAAUCUCAAAGUAAAGACGACAAAGUCGCCGAACAUGUGAUCCACGGACAGGAAGGGAAUAUUAAUGUGCCAAAGACAAAUGAUGAGGCCGAAAGUCUUUUGCAUGAUAUUGGGGUUGGGCGAGUAAGUUUGCGGGGUAUUUCAGGAGUAAAUAUAUCGAAUUUAGCAGAGAAAAUUGCCAUUGCGACAAACAGUGAUCAACAGUUUAUCUUCAAAUUACUUAUAUCACUGAUUGAAGGCGAGAAGAGGGCGACGCGAGAUGCUGAUAGCACUUGGAAAGAUAAGGGUCGGGAAAACAUUGAAGCAAAGUCAAAGAAGGAGUCAAGCGAUUAUCGACCUGCCUCGGGUUUUGGUCAGAACAAGAGUGAUGUUACGGUUUCCCAUAGCCAACAAAAACUGAAAGGCAAACAUGCUUUACCAACCGUGGUGCAUGCUAAAAGUCAAGAUUUAGAGAAACAGGAGCAAAGCUCACUGAAAAUGUCAGAUCUUGAUGAUACUCUGACAAUGCCAUCUCCUAAUACGUCCUCUUUGCAAUCCAAAGCUCGUUCAAAAACACCCGAUUCUCAAAUUGCUCCUGUUCGUUUACGUUCGGCAGGAGAUAAAGUGCCCAAUAAUGUAGACCGACCCAAUUCAAAGCAAAUUCUAUUCCAAGACCCAAUGCAAAGAAGUCCGAAAUCUUCAAAGGGUAUUUCUAAGGAAAACCUAAAGCUAUCUGAUAAGUUGCUUGGAAAUGCCAGACCGAUUUCUUCCGUUAUUCCGCUUAUUGCGCCUCGAGAGAACCGUGCACUGUACAGGGAUUCUGGUGUUCAGUGUUUUACAAAACAAGCAAAUGAUCCUAUGCAGUCGGUAGAGCGGGGUGCUAGUUUUGAGAGGUCAGCAGCAACUGCAGGUAGUAGGAAUGUUACAACCGUAGAUGCUGCCGUACAAUGGGAUGGCACAGAGACGAGGCAGGGUUUUGAUAUCAGCAUGGACGCUGUUGUUUCGCGUCAGUCUAUGAAGAAGACAACAGAUACCUCUGCUGUACAGUCUUCAUUGAGAAGCACAGCGGCAAGGCAGUUGAGCAGUACGACUAUUGAACCUGGAGAGCCUGAAGAAAAGCUCUCAAAGGGGUUAACUCUCAGUCCAGUAGUUUCUGAAGUAGAAUCUACUGCUCUGGGAAUGGAGGAUGAGCAGUGGAAACCGCUUCGUCUUUCAAAGAAGCUUUCGAACGAAAUGAUUGCCCCUGAUUCUGCGGAUGAUGCUGUGACGUCAUCUAAAAAGCAUAUGAAUGACGAGUUCCGAAAGAUGUCUGAUGAGAAAAUCCAGGAAAUCUUGCCUCGCAUAUCGGAUAUUAGAGUUCGUGAAAGUAACGCUACAUUUUAUCCGCUUGUUGCAACAAAUCAAACCGUUCUUGGGCGACCACUGGAUGACAAAGCAAAUGCCACGAAAGAACAGAAACUGCAAGUUCAGGAGAGAUUCGCCAACAACCAGCCCUAUACACAGCUAAAACCAGAAUCGGCGUCUCGCGGAAAUAAAGGUGAACAGAAACUACAUAGCUCCGGUGGGGAACUGAGAGCCAAGAAGUCAUCUUUAUCAAGUAUUAAGAUCGUUGUUCCAAACGAACUCUGUUUUCAGAAUGUACAAUGUGUUGGUGUGCCUAUCAAUGAAUGCCUGCCAGUGCACAAUCCUAGCAGCAGAUGGAUACAAUGCCUUAUUGAAGUCGCUUUCUACUCUGUUAAUGGUUCAAAGGCCGAUGCAAGUGACUAUUGUGCCUUCAGCUUGCAGCCAAAAGUCUUCAUUGCUCCACAUACCACUGAAGAUGUAAAGGUUACAUUUCUUGCUGAACACGCCGGUGUUUAUAUGGCAAAACUGAAUUUAAUAGCCAGCCCGGUUGUAACAGAUGAUUCCAUUCUGUCUGAAGAUGAAUUGUUUCCAAACGAUGUUCACAUCGAAGGAAUCGCCGAGGCUCCAAAUAUUGAGAUGUUUCAAGAGGACGGUGGAGUGAUUGAUUUCGGCGAGAUGCCUGGUGGUAUAAGCCGGACCAGAGCAAUUAAAUUAUUAAACAGAGGAAGAGCGGACAUACCAUUGAAACUGGUCAUAUCAGGUAUUUCGAGUAAAUUUCGAAGCUUCGCAUUCGUCGAUUCAGACAUGACGCCGAUUGGAUCUUCAAUGCCAAACCAGAGUGCUGAAACGGAAGGUCUCAAUGCUGCAGUCUUGAACGUCAUAUUACCUGGUGGCAAACAAAUGGGGAAAACAUUCGAGCCGGAAGUUACAUGGAUACAAUUCAAAGCCCCAGAGUAUCAAGAUCGUGGUUUUCCAGAGAAACUUGGUCCCCGUAAUGAAUUCUCGGCACGUGUUGAUAUCGAGAUUGACAGUAAAGGGAAUGGCGCUGUUGUUGGUAGUCUUUUGCUAAAGGCGUUCGUGGGCAUAGCUAGGCUGCAUGCUCCUCGGUCACUGCAGGCCAUUUCAAUAUCAGCCCAAGAGGGCCAGCGUGUCAGUCGUGGUAUCCCAUUUCGAAAUGCUGGGAACAUUUUCUUGGAGAUUCAUCUUCAAGUUUCUACAUUCACUGAUCUUUUCAGUGUCGUCCCGGAUAAAGUCUUGUUGGCACCUGGUGAGAGUACAGAAGUAUUUGUCCAUUUUAUGUCCGUCAAUAGCAUAACAGUUGAGAGCUUUCUUUUGGUGUCAGUGCACCCAGAUGGUCCUCAAUAUGAAGUUGUCCUUCGUGGUACAGCAACUGCACCAAAGCCAGUCAAGGAAAAGAAUGAACCACCAGUGCUACUUUGCAGUAAGCCAGUUUUGUGCUGGGCUGGAGUGCCAAUUGGAAGAUCAGUGCAGCAGAGGGCGUACUUGAGGAACAAUUCAUUGAAACAAGAUCUGAAUAUGUGCAUUUCAGUUGAAGGUGGACAUUCGGAUUUUCAGGUUCAAAAUACCUUUGAUUUCAAGAAAAGAGCGGAAAACAGCCACGAAGUCACGUUGAAACCUCAGAGCGAGGUCCCUGUACACGUGCUUUUUGUUCCAUCCACAUUUGGUAUAAUAUCCAGCUCUUUGGUCAUUCGACCUACCGGUGAUGGACCAAAAUUUAUGAUCCCCCUGCAUGGGUAUGGUGGUUGUAGUAAACUGCAGUUGACUAACGCUCAGAAAGUGGGGGACAAUUACUGGAUUGAUGCUGGCGAGGUGUAUGCAGGGAAGCAGAACAUUGUAAACCUUUCUCUUCAAAAUGUUGGCAACAGAGCUGCAUUUGUCAAGAUUGUCUGUUAUUCUGAUGUCAGUAAGCGAAAGUUAUACCCAAGCAGCCAUAUUAGCAUUGCCCCUAAUGACUUCGUUCUACUCGAAAAAUGUUCCAAGCAACUUGUGAUCGUAAUCCAAGCAACAGAUUCUGUACUACAAACAGCGAGCGUUAAGCCAUCAGCAGCUGCCUUUUUAGCUGUUUUCAGUGGUGAUGAAUCUUUAAGACAGCUAUACAGAAAAAACAAAACUAGCACAAGCCAAAAGCCAAUCAUGAGGGAAGGACCGAUGCAGAAUCUGGUAUUUGACGCCCCGUUCAUGGAUGAAGAUAAAGUAAUCAACGAAAUUAAGUAUCCGGACAUUCCUAAUUGGGAGAGCUUCUUUGUGAGUGCGAUUUCAAGGACUGUUGUCAGUUUGGUUUUACGACCCUCUGCCACCGAUAUGCACUCAACACAGUCAUCAACAGCACCACUAGGACUCGAUCCUAAAGAUUUGAUAGUGAAUCAAACCCCAGCCAGGCCACUGCCAAAAGAAGCCCCUCGACGAGGUGAGAACGGGCCUAAAGAUUUGUCAUUAGACCCUGAUUCUGAAAUGCAGAAGGACAUUUGGGCUGUUUCACCGGAGCACAUUGUCUUAACGGCACCGAAUACAGUUUCAGAUAAAUCAACUGCAAGAAUACAAAUGAUCAAUUAUUCGGAUAAACCUUUAGGGUUUGAAUUCAGCUGGCCGGCACAAAGCCUUAUCAUAACGCCAAGUAAAGACAAUGUUCCUCCAAGGAGUCAGUUGAUCGUUUUUGUAUCGACCAAACCAUCGUUUUUGUCAACUGGAGGGGAGUUACCUUGGCGUGGAUGUAUUUACGUUCAAUGUGAAGGCACCCAAAAGUGCAUUCGAGUUCAAAUAAGGGAAGACUUAGCACUGGACAGCUCGCCCUUCACUGGUGUUGCUAAGAGACUCGCACCGCUCAAUCCGUCCCAUACGCCAUUGCAAAACAAGCAGCCGGUCAAACUGAAAUCUCUGGUUUUGGUCGAACCAACAAGUGUUGUGUUCCCAGUCACCAUUGUAAAUAGAUUUCAAGAGAGCUUUGUGAAGAUAGAGAGCAACUCUUCAUUAACAAUGCAAUGGGUUCUCAGCUCCAUUGCUCCGCCAUACUUCAAAGACAUGAGUGAAAACGGUGAUAUCUUUCGAACAACCUACACUGCAUUUCGUUUCACAAAACACUCAGGUACACUGCAGCCAAAGGAAAUCACCACGAUUCAAGUGACUUUUCAGCCCCGUGACUCUGGGGAGUACUCACAAUUUUGGGAUUUGCAGGUGGCAGUCGAUGCAACAGGAGAGACUGGUAAAGCCAGAAUUGAACUUAGAGGGAAGGGAGUAUUUUCCGAAGCAAAUCUGUCAAAGGAAGAUGGUAAACUUGUUGGUAGAGCUCAUCCUAUCUUGAAACCGCCGGAAGACUCAGAUGAGUCUAGCGAGAAUAGCGCAAAGGAGACUUCGAAGUCAGUUGAAGACGGAGCUAGAUCAAAAGCUGAAAAGAAAAACCGUGGCAUUUUUGUCAAGGACGACACUCUAAAUUUCAAAAUGACGAGCAUCGGAGACACAACUGAGAUGCAGUUUAAGCUUUGCAACGAUACCAAAGAGUUGCAAAAGGUGAGGUUUAGUGGGAUAAAGCCACCAUUUUCGAUGAAGCUCAACAAAUUGGCCAUCAAGCCAAAAAGUUUCAUUCGUAUUCCAGUAUUCUACACGCCAACUGAACCAAACUCGCGAUCAGAAGGACAUGUCGAGGCCACGUGUUUAUCUGGGCCAGCAAGAACGUCGUAUGUUAAAUUAAUCGGGACAAGUCAAACAAAACGAUGAGUAGGAAUCUAUACAAGAGGUCACCUAAUGUUUGUUAGUUUCGGUUUAGGAAAGUCAACUUCGUAACCAUUUUCAGAUUCCGGUUUGAAAAUUUUCCAUUAAGAAUAUUGUAAUAUAGUAAAAACCUCGAUCCAUUGAGGGGAUUUUGAAAGGUGCACUUUACAAUCGUAUUUCAUCUUUUUUCCUAAAAGACUCAAAAUAAAUCUGUUUCAUUUCUUUGAGUUUCAAAAUUUUCUACUUUGGCAGUUUUACGUUUUUUUGCGAGACGUUUAAAAGAUUAUUUUGGCGGAUAUUGGCUAAAAUGAAAAUUAAGGUAUGUUUUGCUAUGUAUUAAGUUUGCGUUUUAUGCAGGGGCCAAAAGAAGAAUAUGUAAUUAAAUUUAAUGACAUACAAGACUUUGUGUUUUGUUUGCAGUAUAUAAUUUUUGGUCGGUGUGAAUCAACUGUUGUAUUGAAUAAAUGUAUUUAUUAGCUUUCUCCUAAUUGGUAUUACUAUUCAUUCUCUUAGAUGAAUGAUUCUUUAAA